AUGAGUAGUGAUAGUGAUGACUGGGAUUGGGAUAAUGGAAAUGAUGAAACUUCAUUUAGGACACCAUGUUUAUUUUGUAAAGAGUUUCUUGACAUUGACCUUCUUUUAAAACAUAUGAACGAAAAACAUCAUAUUUCAUUUGAAGAACUUUACCAAAUUGCACAAGGGAAUCAAUAUAAUUACAUUAAAUUAAUUAAUUUCAUCAGAAAGAAUAAAAUAAAUGUAGAAGAAGUAAAAAAUUUUAAUGCAAAUUUCUUUGAAGAAAUAGAAAAUAAUAAAUAUUUAUUGCCAACAAUCAAUGGAGAUGGGUUAUUAAUGAUUGAUGCCAAAUGGAAUGAUGAUGAUAUUACACUUGCUAAUACUAUUGAUAAAAUGGAUGAACUAGAUGAUUCUACACAACAAGAAUUACUUGAAAUUAAAAAAGAAGAUGAAUCAGCAAUGAGUGUUGAGAAAAAGUCAAAACAUUCAGAAGAAAGUGAUGACUAA